AUGAAAAUGGCCCCACAGAAUGCCGACCCAGAGUCUAUGCAAGUUCAGGAGUUGUCUGUGCCCUCUCCGGAGCCGCAGAAGCCGGCCAGCAGCGAGGCCGAGCCCCCCGACGAGACCGGCAGCCAGGGCUCCAUCGACCGCGUGCCCCUGCGCCUCUGGGUCAUGCACGGGGCUGUCAUGUUCGGCCGGGAGUUCUGCUACGCCAUGGAGACGGCCUUGGUCACACCCAUCCUGCUGCAGAUCGGCCUUCCGGAGCAGUACUACAGCCUCACCUGGUUCCUGAGCCCCAUCCUCGGCCUCAUCUUCACGCCUCUCAUCGGCUCGGCCAGUGACCGCUGCACCCUGAGCUGGGGCCGCCGGCGCCCCUUCAUCCUGGCCCUGUGCAUUGGCGUCCUCUUCGGGGUAGCACUCUUCCUCAACGGCUCGGCCAUCGGUCUGGCCCUCGGCGAUGUUCCCAACCGGCAGCCCAUUGGCAUUGUCCUUACGGUGCUGGGAGUAGUGGUCCUCGACUUCAGUGCUGAUGCCACAGAAGGGCCCAUCCGUGCCUACCUGCUGGACGUGGUGGACAGUGAGGAGCAGGACAUGGCACUCAACAUCCACGCCUUCUCUGCAGGCCUCGGGGGCGCAAUCGGCUACGUGCUGGGCGGCCUGGACUGGACGCAGACCUUCCUUGGCAGCUGGUUCAGGACGCAGAACCAGGUGCUGUUCUUCUUCGCGGCCAUCGUGUUCACGGUGUCCGUGGUACUCCACCUGUGUAGCAUCGACGAGGAGCAGUACAGCCCCCAGCAGGAGCGCCCCGACGAGGCAGAGGGGCCCCCGCCCCACGCAGCCCUGCCGGACGGCUCCGUGCUCUUCCCGGAUGAGGUACAGUCGGAGCACGAUCUGGCCCUGGACUACCUCGAGGUGGACAUCGUGCGGAGCAAGAGCGACUCGGUCCUGCACGUGCCGGACGCCACGCUGGACAUGGAGCCCGCGCUGCUCUUCCUGCAUGAUAUCGAGCCGUCCAUCUUCCAUGACGCCUCCUACCCCAACACGCCUCGCAGCACCAGCCAGGAGCUGGCCAAGGCCAGGCUGCCCCGCCUGUCCACCUUCCUCAGGGACGGCAUCCAGGAGGACACCGUGCUGCUUGGAGACCACGCCGACGAGGCCAAGGUCCCCAACGGCAGCAGCUCCCCGCCAAGGGAUGGCCUGGGCGCCUACUCCCGCCCUGACCUGAAGCCCUCGGCCGCGGCCAGCUCCAUGCGCCGGCGCCGGCAUGCCUUCCGACGCCAGGCCUCCAGCACCUUCUCCUACUACGGCAAGGUGGGCUCCCACCGCUACCGCUUCCGGCGUGCCAACGCGGUGGUGCUCAUCAAGUCCUCACGCAGCAUGAAUGACCUGUAUGAGCUGCAGACGCGGCAACGACAGCGCAGUCGGCACCGCAACCAGAGCGGCGCCACCACGUCCAGCGGGGACACGGAGAGCGAGGAGGGCGAGGGCGAGACCACCGUGCGCCUGCUCUGGCUGUCCAUGCUCAAGAUGCCCGCUGAACUGACCCGCCUCUGCCUCUGCCACCUGCUUACCUGGUUCUCCGUCAUCGCCGAAGCCGUCUUCUACACUGACUUCAUGGGCCAGGUCAUCUUCGAGGGGGACCCCAAGGCACCCUCGAACUCCACGUCCUGGCAGGCCUACAAUGACGGGGUGAAAAUGGGCUGCUGGGGGCUGGUCAUCUACGCGGCUACUGGUGCUAUUUGCUCAGCCCUGCUACAGAAGUACCUGGACAACUACGACCUGAGCAUCAGGGUCAUCUACGUGCUGGGCACACUGGGCUUCUCCAUCGGCACGGCCGUCAUGGCCAUGUUCGCCAACGUCUAUGUCGCCAUGAUUAUGAUCAGUACCAUGGGCAUCGUCUCCAUGAGCAUCUCCUAUUGCCCCUACGCACUGCUGGGCCAGUACCACGAGAUCAAGCAGUACGUCCACCACAGCCCCGGCAACUCCAAGCGAGGUUUCGGCAUAGACUGCGCCAUCCUCUCCUGCCAGGUCUACAUCUCCCAGAUCCUGGUGGCCUCGGCCCUGGGCGGCGUGGUGGACGCCGUGGGCACUGUCCGCGUCAUCCCCAUGGUGGCUUCUGUGGGCUCCUUCCUGGGCUUCCUGACAGCCACGUUCCUAGUCAUCUACCCUGAUGUGUCUGAAGACGCCAAGGAGGAACAGAAGGGCCUGUCCACCCAGCCGGCCAGCGAGAGCCACGGGAAGCCCACUGUCCUUAAACUCUCGCGGAAGGAGGACAGUCCAGGCCCCGUGGAGACGGAGUCUAUGGUCUGA